UUUUACAUGAAUAUUAUUUUUAUAUAUAUGGAUGUUCUUACUUUUGCAAGAUCCUGAACGAGAUGGAUAUUUUCAUGACCCCGAAUGACAAAUUUCGAUGCAUUUGCAUGGCUUGAAACUCUUGACAGCGUUGAUCGUCAUAUUAGGAAACGCAAUUCACCCAUCUAGUUUAGAUCGUAAUUCUACUCAACAAUUUUUCAACGAAGUAGCUGACUUCGAUGACGUAAUCGAGCUCGAAAAAGAUAGUAUUGUUAAUUUUAAAGAAUCCUCUAGAAAUCAUGAGUCAGGACAAAGUGUAGUACAAAGAUCCGAUAUGUUUGAAAACCCAAAAGUUAUAUCAUCUUCGAGAAUAAAAACCGAUGUGCAAGGUGUUGAGAACGGAUUAUCAAAUUCUUUCAACACAUACCAGAUAUCACCGUCUGAAGAAUCGAAAGAAAAUAUUCCUUUUCAAUCCCAACCCCAGAAUCAGCCUGAAAUAAUUUUCGAAACUCCAGUUCUAUAUGAAGUUGGGGACCGUUCUCAACGACAAGGAUACUUUAUGGUUAAACAAAAACAACUCGAAGGUAUUCCCCAUAUUCACGAAACUCCUACUCAUCAAAACACUCACGAAUGUGGCAGAGUUGAAACAGUAAAUUCGAAUUUGAAUCAUGAGACUAGUGAUGAUUCUGAAGAAAUACCUCAAAAUAUAAAUAACUGUUAUGAUGACAACAACUCCAAAAAUCGAAAUCUACAUAAUUUGGAACACAAACAUGAAACCUUACAAGACCGUGCCGAUACUGCUGAUCAUGAAAAAGUUUGCAAUAAACUUAUCCAACUAUUUCAUGAAAUUCCUCUCGUGGAACAAAUGAUGAAAGAAAUAUUGAAAAGUAACGAUCCUCAAGCAAUGAACAACAACUGGAAAUCGAUAAAAUGCAUAAUUCGCGAGCAAAGACCAAAUAUUGCAAAAAGUGAUCUGCUCGAAAGACCGGAAACUAAAAAUUGUUUCCAAAGAUACAUGAGAAGACGUAGGAGAAAACGUCAUAGCACAUACAUUAACUUAAGAAACCCACGCAAAAAGAUAAAUAAUAAUUUGGCCAAGAGGAAUGCCAAGGAUGAUCCUCGAUUUAGGAAUAUCAUCGAUUUCAUAAUCAAAAACAAGGAAUUUCUGGAUAAAUAUACGUACGUACCAGUGGUUUUUGCAACAAUAAGAGAUUCUACUUAUAAAGAGAAGGAAUCAAUGACUACAUCACCUGAAAGUUACACACAACCGAUAAACCCAUCACAGCUAUUCGGAAAUUCUACUGCUUCUUCUUCAACCCUUCCAACUCAAACGGGCUAUGUAAUGACCACUCAGUCAGGUCAAUCAACUCAAAUCAGCACAUUUGGAAAUACUAGUAUUUACUUUAACACUACUGCCACAAAUGAAGGAAAAUCCCAAUUGACACCGAGCCAGUUAGUAGACUCUAGUCAAGUUGUUACACAUAAAGGACCUUCAGUAGUGAUUGCCCAAGAAAAUCCAGUAAUUUCUCAACAAGCUAGAAAUUUGACAAACGAACUCAAUUUCCGUAUACCCAAGCUCAAAAGAACUUUUCAGGAUAUCAUGGAAAUCAUGAAUAGCCAACCUAGUGUGAACAGAAUGAAGAAAGAGAUUGCUACACAACCAAUUUUGUUCUCAAAUUCAGCAGAAAAAAUGUCAUCUCUCUCACCGAACAUCGCCACACGUCCAAACGAACCAACUAUUGCGUACUUGAAUCAGUCAAAAUUGAUUGUGUUUCCAGAUAUUCAUAUGGGCCAACAAUCAGAGAAGGCCGAUUCUCCUGAGAUCCAAAAAAUAGUAAAUGUCUUAUCGAUAAUACUUCCUCCUCAAAAUAAUAAUAACUCAAUACCAAACUUCCCAGUCCCCAACCCUGCUCUCAGUUCAAUUUCCACCUCUAGUCCCAAUUCAACUGUUGAAACUAGUGUCAAUUCAAAUACUAACUCUGAUUUCAAUUCCACUCCUAAUUCAGGUCUUAGUUCAACAAGUAAUUCUGGCAUCAAUUCAACUAUCAAGUUUACUCUCAAUUCUCAAACUUUCAAUCAUAGUUCCAAUUUAUCUUCUAUUUCUGGUCUCAGUUCAACUUCCAUAUAUGGACUCAGUUCAACUGCGACCUAUAAUCUCAGUUCAAUACUCAAUUCUGGUAUAAGCUCAAUUCCCAACUCUACUAUCAAUUUAACUCAGAAUGGUCUCAAAUCUUUCAAUGAGAGUGAUAUGAUACCCGGUGUUCUAAUCUAUCCAAUCGCUGAUAAAAAUAACAAGACCAAAAGGAAUAUUUUCAAUCUUUUGGAUAAGGACGAAACAGCUGAACAUGUAACCUUUGGUAAUGAUGUAUUAGAAGAACAAAUGAGCCUUGACAGUUUGGAUACAAAUGUCAAUCAAAAAUAUUUCGAUCUCUAUCCGCCGCCAAAACUGAAAAAAGAAGCCAAUGACUGCCAAAAUGAGACUGAAGAAAUGUUAAAUGUUCUCAAAAGUUUGAACAUGAGGAUGCCAGAAGACACAGACUCGUCAAAGAAAGAUUUAAAAGACACUUUAGGAUCCUUGCCCAAGUUGUCAAAUAACUUAAACGAAGAAACAAUUCAGUCGAUCGAAACCACAGAACAUACAAUGGAAACCGAACCACCAAAUGCACCUGAUGCUCCGGAUUUCAGCUCUCUUUCUAGUGUGAACAUGACAAAACUCCUGGAAAUUAAUCCUGGUGAAAUAGGAAGGGGAUAUGGAAGAACUUCCUUUAAAAAAGGAAAGAUUGAUUCAUACCUGAAUAUAGGCAACUCAUCCAAUUCAACUCUGAAUAUUGAAGAAUGGUGUGCAACAUCAUUGGGAAUAGAAAAAGCAAAUGAUUCAGUAACUGAUACGAUUUCAUCUGUUAAAGAAUAUUCUCGUCCUGGUCAUUAUAAGACUCCCCCAUCUGGUAUGAGUACAACUGAAAUAAUAUCUGAUAUUUUUUCUUCUUCUCAAGGUACCACUUCAUCAGUGAAUAAUAUCCCUAAAGAGUUAUCAGUAUCGGCACCAUCGAAUAGUUAUAAUACGUCAACAGUGACAACUAUUACUACCACCUUCAGGCAAAAUUCUGAGGUUACUACUUCCAAAAGUAGUAGUACCGUAAAAGAGUCGAUAGAUGCUUCAUCAAAUUCUGUAAAGCUGAGAGAUAUGACAUCCAAGUUGAAACGUCUUCAGAAAGACUUGAAACUUGUGAAUGAAGUACAAAAUAUCUUAAACGGAAUUAACGAACUGGAACAUAGACAAAAGAAAAGAAGCUUACCUUUCGAAGAUCUCAGCACAUACAGCACCGAGAAACCUAUAUUCGAGUUGAACUUUAAACUUGUUUCGGAAAUACCUGACAAAGAAAAAGAAAUCAGCGGUCUAGGCAAAAUUUUGAAUUGGAAAUCCAAAACAGACCAAAAAACUCCCGGCGAAAAAUGUCGCAGUAAACGAAGAACGAGAAAAAGGAAAAGAAAGCGCAAAAGAAAGCACAGGCCUCACUCCAGAAAUCGUCGUUUUUUAGGCCAACGCUCUCAAAAUUUUCAGUGAAUAUGAUAUCAGGAGAAGGGGAUGCUUAUGUAACCACUGAAGGUUAUUCUAUAUAUAGCUCUGAGGAUGUUAUAAAUCACUUCGGAGACUUAUUUCAUAAUCUCAGAACCCAACAAAAAGGAGGACAACAUUCUAAAUUGAUGUUGAAGAGGUCACCUAGUGCAACAGAACCAUUUGGUUUUGCUUGGCCUGGUGGUAGACCAAAAAAAACCAAGCCAAGAAAAUGGACUAGCAAGAUUAGUGAAAAAACUAAGCAGCCGAGCACAUCGGGACAACAUGAAUUCUCGUGGCCGAAAAGAUUAUACAAGAAUAAAAAUAAGAUGAAGGAGCUCACUACAACCACAAAACAAGUGGCAUCCUCUGGUGGUAUUAUUUGGAGAAAAUUCAACUGGAAUACUGAACCAACAAACAAAAAUCAUUUUG